UCAUUACCUUCGGCAGAGUUUGAGAAAAGCAAAGCUAAAAAUCAAAUGGGUUGUAAAGUAAGCCCUUCAACCCCCCCAAUUCCCUGCAAAUUUCUUGAGAGGACACCAAAGCUUCGAACUAGAAUUGUUGCAUUCUUUUCCCCUUCUUCCAGCCAAAGCCAACAAGGGGAACCUGUUUCCACAGCAACACCCCGUAGUCCAAUCCAGCUGCAACCAAAAACUGAUGUCCACAGUAUAGUUAAAUUUCAGAGUCUGGGAGCUUGCAAGCUCGGCAUUUCCAUGUACCCAGAUUUUGAAUAUAAUGCAGAAGGUGGAACUGGAAUUGGGACUGCAACAGACGUAUCAACCGAUGAAAUUUCCGUAUGUUUUGACCUGAAAACACUGUAUAUUCCACCGCUGACGAGUGCGACAAGCAGGUUUCUGGGAGUGCCAUUGCCUCCAUUCCUGAGGGUUGAUAUAGUUCCAGAGCUCUUUCAAGGCAGCAUCCACCAAGCAUCUGGCAAGGUUGGUCUUGAAUUCAAGGCUAAGUUUUGUUUCUCCGUCGGGAGCAUUUACAGAGCCCCUCCCUUGCUAGUGGAGACUCUGUUGACAUCCGAGGAGUCAAAGGGAACAAUGAGAAGCGGAAGAGGCAAGAGGCUGGAUGAAGCAGGGAACUGCAGGCUAGUUGGGGUAGCCGCUGUUGCCCCCAUUGAUGAUUUAUUCAUGAACACCUUCCUUGGCCUUCCUACUGAGUGCCUCGCAAACCUGAAUGCUAUAAUCUCCAUUACUGAUUCCUCUUGAUACUACCUUAGGUGCUGUAAAAUUUAACUGCUGGUUAGAAAAUAGAUUUUAAAGAAACAAUUUAUAUUCAUCAAUAGAACCACAGCAGGUUCAUAAA